GUUCUGCCUAACCUUUUUUCCUAUAAAUUUAGUGUUUGGACCAACAUAAAUGCAAAUACUUAAUCCAAAGUAUAUUUUAUAUUCAGAAAUUAUGGAAACAAAUUGAAAAAUGUAUGACUGCUUGCCUAAUCUCCACAAUAUAUAUAGAAUGCUGAAUAACUUCCUAUUACUUUGAUGUUUUACUUUUGAAACACGACCCGAUAUAUUUGUAAAAUCAGAUAUAUACAUCAAAUUUGGUGUAAAGAUUUAUUCAAAAAAAGUGGUAUAUGCAUAUUGUUAUUUUUAGAGAAAAUAGUAGUAUAUGUAUAUUGCUCUCAGUUUACACUUACAUUUAAUGAUCCCCUUAUAUUUUCUAUAUUUUUUUCUUUGGCCAAUUAAUAUAUUUCUUUCAAAGUAAUAGUAUUACACCUUUUUUUUAUAGUAUUACACUAUUACAUCGUGUAUAUAUGUAUAUAUUACAAACUAAUGUUGUUAUUUUAAUUUGAGAAAUAUGAAGAUGAAGACAAAAACUAUAUAACGAAGUUUGUUAAUAUGUUGUUAGUAAAAGAAAUGUUAAUGAAGUGUUAUGAAAACAUAUUUUGAGUAACUUAAAAUUCCAUAAUACAUCAUUGGUUUUCAAUACUUUAAUGUGCGUCACUGCCCAGUUUUCAGUCUAGAAUAUACUUCCCAAAGGUUGGUGUUUAGUUUCAAUAAUGUACAUCUUAAUCUAUUAUUAUUAAAACCAAUUUGUAACAGUAGUUAAGAGAUUGUGCGGUGGAGUCUGCAGGACAAACUUGAAAUAGAAGACUAAUUGCACUUUGCUUAAAAACUCAGUCACACUUUCUGAAGUGCAUCUCAAGCUAUAAAUGAAUAGUUUUAUAAAUAAAAUAAACAAGAAGAGUGUGGUUGAAAAUAUAUAAUUUUAAAUUAAUCAAUACUGAAACCAAAUCUUUUGGAAAAAUGCGAAUAUAUAACAUGGUUUGUAUACGUUGACCACCCAAAAAGAUGAUUCGAAUACAACUCGAUUUGGUUUGCCAUGUUACUUAAACUGGAUGACUAUAUACCCCCAAAAUCAUAAUUUAUAUAUUAUAUUACUAUAUAGUUUAUCUUUGAAUUCGAAUGCGGUUAUAGGGUCACUUUUCACUUUCAGCAAUAUAUACUCCAGUUAAAAUAUAGUUGUUAAAUACGGUAAUAUACUACUUAAUUACGUGUCAUCUUUAUUCUUCACAUAUUUUACAAUAUUUUUUUAUUCGACCAUACAUAUUUUACAAUUGAUAUAUAUUUUUGUUUCGUAUAAUAUUGUCGUAUCGUUAAAACAAAGUUAAAGCAUAUAUACAUAAAAAAAAUAUUUCAUAUUAUUUAAAUCAAAAAUUUAUUUAUGAUAAUUUACAUAAUAAAGAUCAAUAUAUUUUUCACAUUGUUUUUCGAGCGUAUGUAUAUUUUUUUUCAUAUAAUAUAUAUGAUUAUUUUUCGAGCGUAUAUAUAUUUUUUGUCAAUAUUUUCCGGUGUAUACAUAUAUAUUUUUGAAUGACCAUAAAGAAUUAUAUGCAAAAGUCCGUACAUUAAUCUAAGGUGAAUCUCAAGCUAUUUUAAAUUUUUGUUCCGUAUUCUUUUUCUAACAAAAAUAAAAAAAAUUAACCUAUUGAACUUAUAUUCAAUGAAGAAAAUACUUAUAUUCAUUAAACCAAAUUUUCGUUGGUGUAUAUUUACAGAACUUAGUAAAAAUAUUAGACAAAAAUAAAAUCAUUAUAUGCAUGCUCUUUAGGCGCAACACCUCUAGCUGUGAUCCAACGAAGUGAAACAUUCCCACACAAUGGUUAGUUUUUUUUUUGAUAAGUCUUAUCGACUGAUCCAGUCAGUCUCGGAAAAAAAUACACUUAAUAGUACAGACUAAUCCAAAAACGUACCACAUUGCAUGACUCAAAUUUGAAAUAUUUUCCGAUUAGUAUCAGGAGCGAAUCAAAAAUCAAUCAUCUGUUAUGUUUCACCAUGUAAAUCACUUAGAUCGAAGCCCAAGCCUAGACUAGACAAACAGUGAUGUCACACGAUGGUUGUUACAAAAAAAAAACUUCUUACACCAGUCUACUCUUUGCUCCACGCACCUUGGCUUACCAUAUGAUAGACUGCAGCCACUCCCAAAACCGGACCAUUAAACCGCAAACACACAUGAUUUUAACCUUACACCAACUGUAUGCAUCAUCUAAUAAUUAUUUUUCUUCUGCUACAUCCACUGGCAUUUACACCAAUGCAUCUGACCAAAAGUUUGAUCCGACGGCUAAUAUUACAUGGAGUAAAACUAUUUGCUGGAAAAUUUGAAAUGACGUGGCAUUAAAACUCAUCAUUAUUAUUCAACGGACAAGAUUAUAGAUUAUAGAAAUAAAUAAUUUAUUUCUAUAAACUUAUUUUAAAAAACAGCAACAAGAGAAGAAGACUAGCCGUUAUCAAGAGCGUCCAAAAGAGCGCCGCAACGGUCACAUUAUUUUCCCCCGAUCUAUCUAUCUAUCUAUCUUCUACACAACUCCAUUACCAACACAAAACUCAAUAACGAAUCGCUCUUAUUCGAUUCCAGAUCUGUACUUAUCAUCUCCCAUGGAAUCGUUAAUUUCGAAGAAUGUUAAACCGGGGACUCCGGUUAAGGAUCGGAGCAAGUCGUCUCAUCUGGAGAACGCCAACCCUAACCUCUCUCACGCUAAGUCCCCCCUCGCGAAAUCGUCAUCAUCAUCGCCGAUCGUGAAGAGAUCGGCGCCGAAGAAGAAUCAGAGUCCGAAUCCGAAUCCGAAGCCUAGCCAGGCGGUUUUCUCGCCGCGGAAUCGGAUCAGGGAGAGGAGGUUCGUGGUGGUGGCGAAGAAGAACUCGAGGAAAGGGAAGAAGGAUCCGUCGUCGCCAGCCGCGGAGACUAGUACUGUUCGUGAGAUCGAUUGUAGAUGCGGAGAGAGGAAGAGAGGGAACAUGAAGUGCGUUUGCGUCGCGUACGAGACGCUGCGUGCUUCUCAGGAGGAGUUUCUCAAGAAACGAAGCGAGUCCGAGGAGAAGGAGAAGGAGGAAGGAUGUGAUCUUGAAGAGGGAGAAGGUGGAGGAGAGUCCUUGGAGCCGGAGGUGAUAGGCGCUUUGAAGAGGACGAGGGGUAAAGUGGUGGAGGAGUCGAGGAGGAGCGUGCCUGAAUCUGGUAAAGUGAUGAAUCUUGUUGAAGCAUUUGAGAAACUCACUUGCUUCAGUACCAAAAAGGACGAAGAGGAGCAAACCGUUGGGGAUGUGAGAGAGCAAUCUAAGUUGUGGGAGGGAGAGAAAGAGACACACAACACAUGGAGUUCUGCGUUUUGUCCAAAUGAAUUGGUCUUGACGGCUAAGAAUCUUGGGUUAGACCCCAAGGCCUCGGUCUCGUCGUCCUGGGACAGUAGCCACAAGAGUGUUUUGAGUGGGAUGUCAAAUGCUGGGAGGAGAAGCAGAAGAAAUAGCUUGGACUCGUCGACUACAAUGGGAAGCAGAAAAUCGAAGAAGAAGCAGGUUAAGGUUACUUCAUUGAAGCCUUUCAAACUUAGAACUGAGCAAAGAGGUAAGGUGAAAGAGGAAGAGUUUGCCAAGAAGCUCCAAGAGAUAACAAUGGUGGAAGAAAAGAUGAGAAUCCCCAUUGCUCAAGGUCUUCCAUGGACAACUGAUGAACCUGAGUGUCUGGUUAAGCCUCAUGUGAAAGAUAUUACAAUACCAGUUGACUUGACGCUCCACUCAGAUGUUCGGGCAGUAGAACGCGCAGAAUUUGAUCAGCAGGUUGCAGUGAAGAUGAGUUUCAUCGAGCAAUACAAAAUGGAAAGAGAGAGAGAACAGAAGCUGGCGGAGGAAGAAGAGAUAAGAAGGCUGAGGAAAGAAUUGGUCCCAAAGGCGCAACCAAUGCCAUACUUUGAUCGACCAUUCAUUCCAAGAAGGUCGAACAAACAUCCAACUGCGCCAAGAGAUCCCAAGUUUCACAUACCGCAACACAAGAAGAUCAGAUGCUGCAGUUCAUCUUCUUGCAGUGAAACUGGCUCUUACCUGAGCGAUUUCAAUUAUCAAUUUCUCUAGUUUUUGGUUACACUUGCGUUGGUUUUGGUUCUUUCUUUAGAACUGUCACAAUAUGUAUGUUUUUAAAAAUAAAGUCUCCAAAAAUAUUCUUUUGUGUACGCUUAUAUAAACAUUCACCAAUCCUUACUAGCUA